GCGGGUAAGAGAAGAAUGCAAUGAAAAGAAAACGAGAAGAGAGAGAAGAGAUGGAGAUCGUUUGGCAGACCCCUGCAAACCCUCCUCAGCCCCAAGAUUACAUCUUACGCAACGGGAGGCGCCACGUCAGACCCUACUACUUCGAGUUCAUCUCCCAUGCUAAGAAUCGAUGGGCGGGGAAAACCAUCGUUGACCUUUUCACAGAUGAAUUCAAGGGACGGCCUCGCGACUACUAUGUUAGUGCCGUGAAAUCUGGAAGGAUCCAAGUUGAUGGACAAAUAGUGCCUGUUUCAUAUAUUGUUCAACCAUCACAAAAGAUAAGCCACUUUUUACACAGGCAUGAACCACCUGUGAUGGCAUUGGAUGUUUCAAUUCUGCAGAAAGAACCUGAUGUCCUUACUGUUUGUAAGCCAGCAUCAGUUCCAGUGCAUCCAUGUGGUCAAUAUCGUAAGAACACCGUUGUUGGCAUUCUGCAGGCUGAACAUGACUUAGCACCUUUGUUCCCGGUGCACCGUUUAGAUCGGUUAGUCUCUGGACUCCUUAUUUUGGCCAGAAAUGCUACUAAAGCAGACCACUUUAGGCAACAGAUCGAAGCCGGAGAGGUGCGGAAAGAAUAUAUUGCCAAGGUUAUUGGUGUAUUUCCUGAGGAAGAGCAAGUGGUGAACGCAAAUGUAAAUUAUAAUGCUCGAGAAGGAAGGAGCUCAGUGGAGGUGGACAACCCCUGUAGCGACAGACCUCUGAAGGGGAAAACUGCAUGUACAAAGUUUACGAGAAUUAGCACCAAUGGAACUCAUAGUGUGGUCCUAUGUGAACCUAUCACUGGCCGGACGCAUCAGAUUCGUGUCCAUCUACAAUAUACGGGCCAUCCUAUAGCCAAUGACAUGCUAUACCUAUCUGAAGUUGUUGCUCAACGGUCUACGGAAGGAAUGGGUGCUGAUAGAGCCGCCAUCUCGGGUGCAACUCAUUAUCUGUUGGCAUCUGGAUUACCUUGUGACGAUCGUUCCUCUGAAGUUGAAAACACAGAUUCAGGGGAGGACUUCAGCAUUGAUCCUAUGUGUACUAACUGCCCUAAUUUGGGCCCUAAAGGAUAUGAUGGGAAUGAGGAAGCUUUGUGGUUGCAUUGCAUACGAUACUCUGGACCCGGUUGGAGUUAUGAAUGCCCAUAUCCAGAUUGGGCAUUGCUUAGUUGAGUCCUGUUAAAAGAUCUUACUUGCGGGAUUAGGACCCCAAAUCCCGCUUUCCCCACACGUACCAAUGGGUGAGAUCUUUGCUGUUCACAGGUGGGCCCUGCUGUGAUAUGUGCCAUGUCCCAGAAAUCAGUAUAUUGAUCAGGUGGCUCAGGCGGGCAUUGAAUUCAGACCACCUUUUUACCUGUAUGAUCCACCUGAUGACUGGACGGCCUAGUUUUGGGGUAACAGCACACACGUUUGGGUCUUGCCUUAUGAACGGCCCAGAUCUUAUAACAUGGGGGGAGUUGGAUUCAAAAUCUUCUACCGAGUCAGCUUCUCAAUUUUCUCGCCUCAACUAAGAAAAAGCAUGAGCCCUUGCAAUAUUCUUAUUGCUUAUGAAAGCCACUAGCAUAAGAAAAGUACUCGGGAUUGGGCCAGCAUGGAGAUCCAAUUUGGAGGUAUCGUAUUCCUAUUUAUUGCAUUCAUUCAUGAUGCGAUGAACAUCUGCUACAUGGCUGUGAUAGGAAGGAAUCAGUACUUUAUGC